CUAAUUCCUAUUUGUGAAAGACCCGUCAAUUUUCAGGUUACCCGGAAGGCCCAAAACCCGAAAGACAAAGCCCAGACCCGCUGUAGCAGUAAGAGAGGGUUUAACACUCGACCAUUGCCGUCGCCGCCCUUUCUUCCUCUCUCACUACACAGUACACACUAAAAAUGCGUCGAAUCACCACCCCAUCAACAAUCCGGACACUUCUCCGUCGCUGCAUUUCUUCGUCGGCGACCAAUCAAACGCACCACCUUCCUUGUUCCCAGAUUUCCCUUUCCAAAACCCAUUUUUUCACUUCACCACUUCCCCACUAUGAUUCAUUUUCUUUUUCGCACUAUUCUACCAGUUUCAGAUCCUUUUCAUCCCAAUCCGGAAGGGAUCAAGAAGAAACAACCGCUCAGUCUCUUUCAUCUGAGCUUGUUAAGGAGCUCGAUGCAGAAUCUCUAUCAAUUCCACAAAGUCUCGAUCUUUCUUUCUCCCAUGUCAAUUUGACGCCUUCCCUGAUCCUUACCACACUCAAUCUUUCCCCAGAUGCAGGCCGGACAGUAUUAGGGUUUUUCAAGUGGGUUAAGUCUAAGGAAAGUUUCAAGGUUGAUGAUGAGGUUGUGUCUUGCUUUGUGGAUUAUUUUGGAAGGAGAAAGGAUUUUAAAGCUGCCCAGGAUGUACUUAUUGAUGGGAUAGGGUUAACGGGAAGGAAGACGUUAGAAUCCAUGGUUGAUAGACUUGUUAGGGCUGGAAGACCCACUCAGACAGUAGCAUUUUUUGAAAAUAUGGAGAAAGAUUACGGUUUAGCGAGGGAUUUAGAUUCUUUGAAGUUGGUAGUUUCUAGGUUGUGUGAGCAUGGAUUUGCUAGCUAUGCUGAGAAAAUGGUUAAAAGUUUGGCUUGCGAAUUCUUCCCGGACGAAUAUAUAUGCGAUAUGCUGGUAAGGGGUUGGUGUAUUGAUGGGAAACUUGAUGAGGCACAGCGGUUAGCUGGGGAGAUGUAUAGGGGAGGGUUCGAAAUUGGGGCUUCAGCUUAUAAUGCAAUACUUGAUUGUGUUUGUAAGCUGUGUAGGAAGAAGGAUCCUUUCAGGCUUCAAUCUGAGGCAGAAAAUGUGUUGCUAGAAAUGGAGGAGAAAGGCGUUCCUAGAGACGUCGAAACCUUUAAUGUUUUGAUUACUAACUUAUGUAAGAUUAGGAAAACAGAGGAUGCUUUGAAUCUGUUUUAUAGGAUGGGGGAGUGGGGUUGUAAUCCCGAUGAAACAACGUUUCUCACUCUUAUUAGGAGCUUGUACCAGGCUGCUAGAGUUGGAGAAGGUGAUGAAAUGAUUGAUAGGAUGAGAUCUGCAGGAUUUGGGGAUGCGCUUGAUAAGAAGGCCUAUUAUGAAUUCUUGAAAAUAUUAUGUGGGAUUGAAAGAUUGGAUCAUGCUAUGAGUGUCUUUGCAAAGAUGAAAGAGGAUGGUUGCAAACCGGGGUUAAAGACAUACGACUUGUUGAUCGGAAAAAUGGUUGCUCAUAAUCGGGUUGACAAAGCAAAUGCACUAUAUAAGGAAGCCGAGAGCAAUGAUCUGGCAGUUGAACCAAAGGCCUAUAUGGUGCACCCAAAAUAUGCAAAGAAGAAAUCCGCCCCUGCCAAGAAGGAGGAAAAGAAGAGGGAGACGUUUCCAGAGAAAAUGGCUAGAAAGAGGACAAAACUAAAGAAAAUUCGCCUUAGUUAUGUGAAGAAACCUAAAAAGAUGGCCCGACGAGCAUUUUGAUCCCUUCUGUAUUGGAUGAUUUUGAGCGAGAUUUUCCAAUGGUAUGUUGACAUUAUUUCCCCCUCAUUUUGUUAUGUCUUGACCAUACUAGAAAUAAAAUUUUGGCUUACAACAAUGCUCUCUACCUUAUUUUUUUGACCUUUAAAUUUGUAACUCAUGAAUGAAUUUAUAUUUUUGUAUCUCAUGAAUUGAUUUAAAACUAUAAAUUCUGAAUGUGUCUG